CUACUAGCUAGUUAGGAGCUCGGCCGCUCGGCGCUAAAGCUUUAAAUAUUUCCAAAUAAUUUCAAUUUUACUUUUACGUUUUAACAAAUAUUAUAUAUUUUAUUUGUUGUAAAAUUUGUUUUUACAUAAUUAAUAUUAAUAAAAUAUUAAAAUAAUAGAUUUAGAAUAAAAACAAAGUUAAAAUUAAGCAGAAGACUUUAGGUUUAGGUAAUAAGACUCAAAAGGACUUCAUACCACCAAUUUGUAUGUUUGUAUACAUUCAUAUACAGAAACAUAUUCAUUGUGAUAACUCGUUUUAGGUGUGGAUUCAAAACUGUGAGCGCACAUCAAUACAUCAUAAAAUGGCAGCAAAUUUAAAUCCAUGUAUAUCACUUCCAAUUAAUUUGGGUGAAAAUGAUUUUCAAGAUCUUGUACAGAAGGUUAAAGAUUGGACCAUCAUGCAUGGAGGUGGUAUGAGGUCAAAGACACAAUUCUCGUAUGAUUCUUUAACCGUGGUACCAUUUACACUAUUACCAUCAGUUUUUCCACGAUCUGAAUUCCAAAAAGCAGUUGCAAUACAACCAGCGCUGAAUGAGCUUACACAUCGAGUAUCUAAUGAUCAUGAAUUUUUAUAUUCAUGUCUAGAAAAAACAAUAGAAGUUGAUGAAUUUACACGUAAUUUAUUUAAAUUAUAUGAAACUACAAGGAAUGAAGGUUUUACGCAGCGCUUGAGCCUGGGAAUAUUGCGCUCAGACAUCAUGCAGGAAAAGGAAGCAAGCGAUGAUCGCAUCAAACAAGUUGAAAUGAACACAAUUGCUAGCGGAUUUGGUUGGCUUGGUAUCGUUUCCGGGGACAUUCACAGGUUUGUAUUUCAACAGUUGGGAAUGUUGGAUAAAUUGAACGUGUUACCCGAAAAUAAUGCAUUACAAGGUCUGACUUCAGCGAUUAUUAAAGCUUGGGAACUGUUCAACGAAAAAGAUUCAGCUAUCUUGGUAAUUAUUGAAAAUCAACCAAUGAACAUCUGCGACCAACGUUUUCACCAAUUCGAAAUAGCUCGCCAAAGACCAGAAGUUAAAGUCAUCGUCAAAACGCUGACACAGAUGUCUAAUGAAGCAACGCUAUCUGAUUCUAAAGGCCUAUUUGUCCAAGGGAAAAAAGUCGCUGUUGUGUACUACAGGGCCGGUUAUUCGCCUAAUCAUUAUUUCGGCGAGGCCGAAUGGUCCGCACGUUUGAUGAUUGAACGUUCAACAGCUAUCAAAUGCCCAAAUAUUCAAUAUCAUUUGGCGGGAACUAAAAAAGUACAACAAGCUUUGGCGACUCCAGGAACGCUAGAACGUUUUGUUAAAGACCCUCAAAAAGUUGCCGAAAUCCGAAAAGUGUUCACGGGAUUGUAUGCCCUUGACUUGGAUGAAAAUGGAGACAAAGCCAUCAAAAUGGCUUUAGAUGCGCCGGAUCGGUUCGUGUUGAAACCACAAAGAGAAGGCGGAGGCAACAAUUUGUACGGAGAAGAUAUAAGAAAAAAACUUAUGAGCUGCAUGAAAAGCAAAGAACGAUCAGCUUGGAUUUUGAUGGACAAAAUAAAUCCUCCCGUUCAAAAAAAUUACCUAAUUAGACCUAACCAGGAUUUUGAGAAAAACUCAGCUCUGUGCGAAGUUGUAUCUGAGAUGGGUAUCUUUGGUAUCAUAUUAUGUGACGGUGAUGAAAUAUUGAUCAACAAACAAGUGGGACAUAUGAUGCGCACAAAACUGACAUCGUGCAAUGAGGGUGGUGUUCAUGCUGGUGAUGGUGUUUUGGACAGCCCAUUCCUCAUCGAUGAUUAGAACUACCCAAAAAUAUGAACAAAUAAUGGGAAAAUGGAACAUAAAAAUAAAAAUGUUAUUACUGUUAUAUUUUUAAUAUUAUAUGUUAAUUUUGUGCAAAUGUUACCAAUAAAUAUUUAUUUAUUUGUGAAAUACUUAA